AUGGGUGGGAAGCAAUCUCACAGUUUCUCUAACAAGGAGCUGAAUGAGGUGAGUGUGAGUCAAAGGAGGAGGAGUGCUGUUAGAGACGACCAGCCCAGCCUGUCAUCGGCUGCUGAGAGGAUCCGCAGACACGCCACGGUGCACUUUGGCUACAGCACGCUGAGCCUCGCCAUGCGGGGGCUGGGUGAGACCCCCGCAGAGCUGUGGGAGCUCCGAGAGGUGCAGAAGCUAAACUUGUCCAUGAAUUGCCUGUGCUCCCUGCCCCCUACCCUGAGUGCUCUGGACAAUCUGGUGAUCCUGAACCUGUGGGGCAACAACCUGUCUAGCCUCCCGCCUGAGAUCGGCCUCCUGAAGAAGCUACGUGUGCUCUUUGCCUGUCGCAACCGCCUGAGCGAGGUCCCUGAGGAGCUGGGCUCCUGCACCUGCUUGGAGGUGCUCAGUCUGGCCAACAACCAGAUCACAGGCCUCCCUGGUAGCUUGGCAGCCAUGCACAAUCUGACCAAACUCAACCUUAGUCACAACCGCAUCUCUCACAUCCCCACCUGUGUUUACAGCAUGAAGGGCCUGGUGUUCCUCCACCUUGCUUGCAACCGUCUGGAGACCAUUGCGGACCAGAUCCAGGACUUAGUUAACUUGAAGAUCCUCAUCGUGGAGGGAAACAGUAUCCACACACUGCCUAAGACUCUAUGCUUUUUGGAGUCUUUAGAACUCCUCAAUGUUGACUUCAAUGACCUGCAAAAUGUGCCGAUGGAACUGUAUCUGCUGAGCAGGCUCGGGAGGUUGGCCUGCCAUCCCCUGGAUAAAGGACUUCAUAUUAUCAAUAACCCCCUCCUCAAGCCUAUUCAGGAGGUGCUGCAAGGGGGGCUCAGUGCCCUCUACAACUACCUCAAACCCACGUGA